AUGAGGAAUGAAGGGAGCAAUGAUAACAACAACAAUAGCAACUACACCAAAAAGAGAACAAAAAGUGAAGGAGUAGAUAAUCAAGACAAUAACAAUAACAACGAAUACAAUCAUCAUCAUCAUCAAUUAAACUCUUAUCAUCAACAUCAACAACAACAAUCAUCUUUAAUGAAUAUUUGGGGUAUUAAUCAUCAACCACUAACAACUAUAGAUGGAUACAAUAAUAAUAAUAAUAAUAAUAGUAUUGGGAUUGUAAUUGGUACACAUCCUCCACCACUCCCUUUAAAGAAAAGAGCAAAGAUACCUUAUAAUAACAGUAGUAAUGCAACCACUGUCACAAUGAGUAGUAAUAAUAAUAUUGAAACCAUUAUUGAUCAUAAUCAUCAUCAUCAUCAUUUUCCUACUACGAAUAAUAAUAAUAAUAAUAAUAAUGGACAAACAACAAUUACCAAACCAAACAAUAAUAAUAAUAAUAAUAAUAAUAAUAAGGUUAAUAAUAAUGUAAAUAUAAAUGAAAAGACAAAGACAUGCACAGACCCAAGACACAGGGAAAAUACUGGUUCGAAUCCUGAAUUAUUACCAUUAUCACUGUUUCAUCAAUGCAAUGGAUAUCAUCAGAGUAAAUGUAGAGUAUGUUUUAAUAUCUACCAAGCAGAGAGAAGAAAGAGUCGUCCUUGCUCUUCAUCCGAUAAUAAUAAUAAUAAUGCGACGUCGUCAUCGUCUUCAUCCUCACCAUCCAUUGCUAAAGCUGCAAUGUCUCCACGAGGUUACUCCACCAACUUUAAUAAUAAUAGUAAUAGUAGUACAUCUCCAUCUUCAUCAUCAUCAUCACCAGCUCCAAUAAGUAAUAGUAAAAGAAAAACAAAAGGUAGUAGUGAUACACCAUCGAUAUCAACGACGACAUCAACAACUUUGACGUCGACCACAUCAACCUUUUUAUCAACAAAUAAUAAUAACAAUAAUAAUAAUAAUAAUAUUAUUGAUUUUUGUCAAGUUGGAGGCAAUGAUGUUGAUGAAGAUUACCAUACAUUGGACCUUGACUACCAAGAAGACUCAAAUGAUGGUGAUGAAGAUGAACAAGGAGAAGAUGAAACUGAAACUGAUGAAGAUGAAGAAGAUGUAGAAGUGGAUUAUUCAGUGAUUGAUACAACAUCAAACACCAAGAAUUGUUUACACUCGGAACAUGAGGCAUUUCAUGGCACGAAACCAGAUAACCUCGCAUUGACUGAAUUCUAUCUAUGUAAAGGCGGGUAUAUGGCUAAAUGCAAACGAUGUGCCAGUCACUACCAAGCACAAAGAAGAAAACUUCGGGAUGCAACAUCUUCCCUUUUACCCAGAUCAUCAACUAGAUCAAAUCCAAUGUUGAUCAAUCAACAACAUUUGUUGAAUACAACUCUUACUACUCCUACUACUAUUUUUGCUAUAGUUGGUGAUCAAAAUAAUAAUAAUGUAAAUAAUAAUAAUAAUCAAAAUAAUAAUAAUAAUAAUAUUGAUGAAAAUAAUAAUAAUGUAUUGAAUGGAACUAAAUCAUGUUCAGAUAUUAAUCAUAGAAAGAAUGCUGGAUCUGAUCCAGACCAAUUACCACUCACACAAUUCCAUCGAUGCAAUGGAUACUUGAUGAGUCGAUGUCGAGUAUGUUUCAAUAUUUAUCAAUCUGAAAGAAGAAAGAUUAGAGAUUCAAAAAAGAAAAAGAAAAAAAAGAAAAAAAAGAAAAAGGAAAAUGAUAAUAAUGAUAAUAAUAAUAAUAAUAAUAUUGAAAAUAAUCAAAAUAAUCAAAAUAAUAAUAUCCAACCAUCUCCAUCAAAUUUGAUUGAUACUUUAAAUACAUCUACUACUUCCACUACGACGACAACCAAUCAACAUCAACACCAACAACAACAUAAUUUUUUGAAUCCAUUGCCAACUCUGCAGCAACAACAACAACAACAACAACAACAACAACAACAACACCAAUCCCCAUUACCAUCUUUUAUUUCGAUUGAUUCUUAUUUUCAUUCAUCCCCUUCUUUACAGUCUUCUUCUUUGAUACAACCGAAUCAUCAUCAUCACCACCAUCCUAUUCAACAUCAACAUCAUCAUCAUCAACAACCACAACCACAACAACAGACUACUUCUACCAUACCCAUGGGAUCAACUAAUACUAGUAGUGCUGCUGGAUAUGUACAUUUAUAUUCUCAUAUGCCACAAUUCCCCUCUUCCCAAACAUCUUCAUCAUCAUCAUCUUCUUCUUCUUCUUCUUUUUAUUUUAAUAACAAUAAUAAUAAUAAUAAUGUUGCCAACAACAACAACAACCAUCCUCAUCACAAUGGGUCAUCACCAUUAAUUCAACAAUUAUCAUCAAGAUUAAUGAAUAUCAAUAACAACAAUAAUUACAACUUUCAAAGCAAUUUUAAUUAUCAAUAA